UCGUCCUCUCUCGCUUGCAUUGCCGUCCACACCAGCGAAGCCAAAGCCGCGAGCUUCUCAUCGCAAGCCCACCGGAAGAGAGAGAGGGUAGGGAGGAGAGGGGAGGGAGAGACCACAGGAAAAGGGGGAUAUCAUGGAGCCGAUUUGCUGUGGAGAUUCGGGUGUGUGAUCUGGUCGGAUCUUGCUUUCCUGGGAGGAGGAAGGAGGAAGGAGGAGAGGUGGUGUGGUGGCCGCGGCGUGAUGCGGUGGGUGCUUGCCAUGGUGGUGUUUGCCUAUAUCCUCCCCAUCCUCAAGACGCCACAUUAGGCAAGCCACCCAUCGCCUGCUUCUUCCUCCCUUCCUUUUCGCCGCAUCCCUCCAUUGCCCAGGAGGAUUUGGUUUGGUAUGGUCUGAUUGGGGGAGAGACAGAGGCUUCUGUGGAUUCAAUUCUUCGGGGUUCCUGGUUCCCGCGGGCGUUCCGCCAUGACGGUGGUUGAUGCGGAGUCACGGUUCCAUGUUCUUGCGGUGGAUGACAGCCUGAUCGACAGGAAGCUCAUCGAGAUGCUGCUCAAGAACUCGUCCUACCAAGUUACCACUGUGGAUUCAGGGAGCAAGGCCUUGGAGCUGCUGGGAUUGAGGGAUGAGAGCGAUGACUCCUCGUCACCUUCUUCCUCCUCCCCUGACCAUCAGGAGAUUGAUGUCAACUUGAUAAUCACUGACUACUGCAUGCCUGGCAUGACAGGGUAUGAUCUGCUGAAGAGGGUCAAGGGAUCAUCUUCAUUGAAGGACAUCCCAGUGGUGAUCAUGUCUUCUGAGAAUGUGCCAGCAAGGAUCAACAGGUGCUUGGAAGAUGGUGCAGAGGAGUUCUUUCUCAAGCCUGUCAAGCUCGCUGACAUGAAGAAGCUCAAGUCUCACCUUCUCAAAAGAAAACAGCAGCAGCCAGACAAGACGCCGCCGCCACACAAGCCAGAGGAAGCUGCAGCUGCAUCUGCAGCUGAAGCAACUCAAACUGAUGGAAUCAUCAGUGACUGCAGCAGCUGUAGCAGCAGCAGCAAGAGGAAGGCGGCGGCGGCAAUGGAGCAGGAGGGCCUCUCCUCCUCACCUGAGAGGACGAAGCCCAGAUUGUCGUCCACAAGCAGCGGCUUGGCAGUGGAGACCUGAUGAAACUGGAUUAGAGAACCCCCAACUAAGAAAUGAUUUUGGCUCUUCUUUCUUUUGUUGAUUUUUUUUUUUGGGGGAGGGGGAGCUACUGCUACUACAUGGAACCAUUAGCUUUAGCUCCUGGGGGUUUUAAUUAAUUAAUUAAUUAAUUACUUACUUAGUUCGAAGUGAAAGGGAAGUUCACAUACAUACUAGCUCUGCUUCGAUCCACAAGUUUUGUUGUGCUAAGGAACACCAUGGCUGUGUGUGGUGUUCGUUAGAAAAGAGUGGGAGGAAAGAAAGGGAAGGGAAGUUGUAGAUAAAGGCAGCACCUUGGAUGCUUUUAGGCUAAUUUGAAGGCUUAAUUCUUCAUGCUGA